AAAGAUCAUUCCCCUCCCCUCAGGAGCCUGCUCUGUAUCAUGUACAGUGUGUGCUGUAAAGUUACUGUGCAUGUGAUGCUCCAGAUAUCUCCGGUUAACCCGGUGUUUAUAUGAAACGGUUAUUAUGGGAUAUCAGAAACACAGACUAUAGCUCAGUUCUCUGAGUCAGAAUAUAAAAGAGUCUCUGUUGAAAUAAAGCUCUCCUGUCUUUAAAUACAGUCGAAUUCCACAGAAUAACCGGGAUAUUCAGAGUUAUGUUUUUAUUAAAUGUAAUUAUUAUGGGAAACAAAACGUGUUUUAAAAGCUGAUAUUUUUAAAGGAGAUUCGGUUCUGUCUCUCUAGACUUAAACUUUGAUUAGAAUUGAAACAGCUAACAGUUUCCCCCUGCUUCCAGUCUUUGUGCUAAGCUAAACUAACAAAUCCCCCCUUGCUUCCACUCACUAUGCUAAGCUAAGUUAACAAAUCCCCCCCUUGCUUCCACUCACUAUGCUAAGCUAACAAAUCCCCCCCUUGCUUCCACUCACUAUGCUAAGCUAAGCUAACAAAUCCCCCCUUGCAUCCACUCACUAUGCUAAGCUAAGUUAAACAAAUCCCCCCCCUUGCUUCCACUCACUAUGCUAAGCUAAGCUAACAAAUCCCCCCCCUUGCUUCCACUCACUAUGCUAAGCUAAGUUAACAAAUCCCCCCCUUGCUUCCACUCACUAUGCUAAGCUAAGCUAACAAAUCCCCCCCCUUGCUUCCACUCACUAUGCUAAGCUAAGCUAACAAAUCCCCCCCCUUGCUUCCACUCACUAUGCUAAGCUAAGCUAACAAAUCCCCCCCUUGCUUCCACUCACUAUGCUAAGCUAAGUUAACAAAUCCCCCCAUACCUAACAAAUCCCCCUAUUGCAUCCACUCACUAUGCUAAGCUAAAAUAACAAAUCCCCCCUUGCAUCCACUCACUAUGCUAAGCUAAGCUAACAAACCCCACUUGCAUCCACUCACUAUGCUAAGCUAAGCUAACAAAUCCCCCCCUUGCAUCCACUCACUAUGCUAGGGUGACCAGAUUUGAGGUGGCGAAAAAGAGGACACUUGCGAUUGUUGGGGGGUGGGGGGAAGCGCCAGUCAAUUUAAGUACACACUUAAUGGUCCCAACAGUGAAAACCGGGCGUUUUCAUGAAUUUAUAAAACCCCCCCGGACACUCCGGACAGGAUGUAAAAAGAGGACAUGUCCGGGCAAAAGAGGACGUUUGGUCACCCUAACUAUGCUAAACUAAGCUAAAAUAUUCCCCCUAAGCUAAGCUAACAAAUCCCCCUUGCAUUCACUCACUAUGCUAAGCUGGGCAAAACAUUUUCCCCUGCUUCCAGUCUUUGUGCUAAGCUAGGCUGAAUUGUUUUCCUCUGCCUGCAGUCUUAGUGCUAAGCUAGGCUACCGGUUUCCCUGUGCUUCCAGUCUUCAUGCUAAGCUAGGCUAACAGAGCGACGGCCAUGUUGAGAGUUCUGCAGACCGCCCGCCUGUCAACCCGCUGCAGCUCCAGCUUCGUCUCCAGGAUGAGGACGCUCGCAUGUUCCUGUUCCACCGCCUGAGCCCUCUGCUGCAGCGCAACCCGCAGGGAACCUUCAGAACCGCAGAACUCAGAACCUCAGACGUGCAGUCUCUCCUGGAGAACAUCGGGUCGGACAGAACCCUGCUGCAGGAGUCGGUUUUGAUUGGCUGCACAGGACAGAACCAGGCCCAGUUCUGUCUGGACAUCGGAAGUCUGGAUCAGGCGGCAGCAGAGAAAGUGUGCGGAGGAACCUUUGUGGACCUUAGGAAAUCCUUCUUCCUUCUGAGCCGAAGAGAGGCGCCUCUGGUGGCCAAGGCUCAGGCUCUGCUACGCUGGCAUCAAACCAGCGGGUUCUGCAGCGCCACGGGUCAGCCGACGCACCGCAACCAGGCAGGAAGUCAGAGAACCUGCAGCAGCUCCGGUAUCAUCUACUACCCCAAGAUGUCUCCGGUGGUGAUCGUGCUGGUGUCUGAUGGGAAACGGUGUUUGUUGGGCCGACAGGCAUCCUUCCCUCGGGGGAUGUACAGCGCUCUGGCCGGGUUCUGUGAUAUGGGUGAGACUCUGGAGGAGACUCUGAUCAGGGAAGUGGCGGAGGAGGUGGGUCUGGAAGUCCAGAGUUUCUCUUUCAGCUCCUCUCAGCACUGGCCAUUUCCUCAGAGCUCCUUCAUGAUGGCCUGCCACGCCUCCGUUAGCCCCGCCCACUCUCAGCUGUGUGUGGACCACUCUGAGCUGGAGGACGCUCGCUGGUUCUCCCAGCAGGAGGUCCUCGCCGCCCUGCAGAGCCCCCCCUCUCACAGAGGAGACCCCCCCGCCCUCUGGCUCCCCCCAAAACAUGCUGUCGCCCAUCGCCUCAUCACAGAGUGGACUCAGGAGACCGGGGGUGUGGUGGAAUAGUCAGUCUAUCUUAGGAAGUUUCCUAACGGAGCGAAAUGACCCGGAAGAAGCUCAGUGGCCGCCAUGAUAAGAGCUGUUGGAACUCUCUGUCUCAUGUUCAAAUCAUACCCGUUUCUAACCGCUAACUUUGUAACAUUUUUAAACAAAUCAUGAACUCUGUCCCAUGUCUCCUUUCCUCUCAUCUAGAGUCGAGAUGAGAGGAAAGGAGCUCUGAAGCUUCCUUUAUAACCUCUGUGGUGUAUUAGAUCUGGAGAUAUAUCAGGGCAGAUACUCCCUGAGGUCAGAGGAAGGUUGGGUGGAAGAAGAGUGAAAAACAACAUCUGAAAUACGUUAAAGAUGCCCUAGGUCACCGAGUGGGGCAUACAGAGUUAUCGCCUGUGUGGUGUAUUGGGUCUGAUACAGUUGUUUACUCCCUGAGGUCAUAGAGAGUGCAGAGAGGGAUGUGGUACAACAGGAGGUUGUAGAACAAACCUCUGGACUACGUCAGAAGACCUACAGGGAUGAGUAAGACAAAGACUAACGUAUAGCUCACCUUAUUUGGGUCCACAUCCUCGUAGAACAUCCAGUUUGACACACCCCCACAUUUGUCCUAUAAAGUGUAUGCACAAAGACUGUUCGGGGGACUUCCACAAUGGGCUCUGGGAACCCUACAUCGCCCGUGUUGGUGUCUGAUACUAUGCUGUUGUAAUAAACCUUAUUAUAUACAA